AUGGAUUACGGUGUCAUCCUCGACUCCUGCUACUUCAACAUCAAUGAGACAACCUGCGAGCAGUACCCGUCUGGUAUGAACGUUUCAAACGUUCUGUUUGAGAACUUCACUGGCUACACCAGCGGAAUCUACGGCAACGCUGUCGCCAAGCUGACGUGCUCGACGAACCCCGACGCUGUCUGCCAUAACAUUAAGUUCAAGAACUUCAACGUCACUUCUCCCUGUGGCGGUGAGCCUGUGAUCAUUUGUGAUGGCAUCGACGGCGGCAUCAACGCUCCUUGUGUCAGCAUCGAUAGUAAUGAGGCCAAGGUAGCACUGGCGGCUAAGUGCCAGACUCCUCUUGCCCCAAUUGAUGGGAACCCUUGGUAA